CCACCCACGCCGCCACUGUAAAAGCUCUGACCCCAAAAAGGUCCGUAAAUAUAUUAAUAACAAAACAAAACAAAAAGGAAAAACAAAGAGCAUCUCGAUGUCCACUCCCUCACCCUCUGCUGCUUAAAUACUCUGGUUCUUUCCGCUUUUUGGGAGAAACGGCCUUCAGCUACUGACCUCUGAAAUUCCGUUGGUGAAUUUAUAAAGAACCGCUGCUGGCUGCCCGCUGUAAAUUCUGGUGAAGUAAUGUUACGGUCGAAGAAACAGAUAGAGGCAACGACCUUCUGCUGCUGAGGUGAUGUGAAAGGUUGGGGGUAAGGUAUAUACUUGGAGAAAGAGGAAGAAGAAAUGCUGGGGUGAAUAGUUCUAUUGAGGAAAGAGCGAUGGCAGGGGAGUCUUCAUCAGGAGGUAAUACCGUCGCGAGGACGUUCAAAGCAUUAGUUGAAAAUGCCGAGAGAAAAUUCGCGCGUGUGCGCGACGCUCCGACGUACGCGCGUGGGCCGUAUAGUCACUACUUCCACAGUGUGUUUAAGUCGUACAUGAGGUUAUGGAAGUACCAGCAGGAGAACCGGGCGGAGCUAAUCGGGUCGGGGCUCCAGAGGUGGGAGAUCGGGGAGAUUGCGUCUCGGAUCGGCCAAUUGUAUUUUAAUCAGUACAUGAGAACGAGUGAAGCGAGGUUUUUGAUCGAGGCGUACGUGUUUUACGAGGCGAUUUUGCAUCGGAAGUACUUCGAUGAAGGUUCCAAGAAGGAUAAAGGAGUUAGAUUUAAGGAGUUGAGGUUUUAUGCGAGGUUUUUGAUGGUUUCGUUGAUUUUGAACCGGACGGAAAUGGUUAAAUUGCUUGUUGAUAAGUUUAAAGCUCUUGUCGAUGAUAGUAGAUCCACUUUUCCGGAUACUACGAACUUCAAAGAAUGGAAGCUGGUUUUGCAAGAGAUUCUUCGAUUUACCAAAGCUGAUACAUCCCUCAUAAAUGUUCGACCUUUACGGUUCUGUUCCUUAUUUGAUUCAUAUCCAUCCUCUCUUCCUUAUGUUGCCCGCUUUCAUGCUAAGAAGGUAUUAAAGUUUCGAGAAGCUCUACUAACAAGCUAUCACAAACAUGAGGUCAAAUUUGCAGAACUUACUCUGGACACUUUUAGAAUGCUUCAGUGUUUGGAAUGGGAACCUAGUGGGUCUUUCUAUGAGAAGCAUCAAGUUGAAUCACAAGAGAACGGUGCUUUGGCUGAUCACUCUGCUGCUUCAGGACUCAUCAAUAUAAACCUGGCUGCUGAUAUGACGGAUCCAUCAUUGCCACCAAACCCGAAGAAGUCUAUACUUCACCGCUCUUCUGUCACACAAUUGAUAGCAGUUAUUGCUACCAUUUGUGAAGAGCUACCACCAGAUAGUGUCAUGCUAUUGUACCUGUCAGCUACAGGGAAUGCAGGUCAUGGUAGUGCUUCAUCCAGCGAAAGCUCAGGAAGUUCAAGGAAAUCUUCAAAGUCUAACCACGGUUACCAUGAAAAGAGUAGCUAUCUGCGAGAUAACCAUAUUAAUGGCAUGGGCGACUCAAGUCACUUUUUUGAAAGUUGUUUGUGGUUAGGUCCUAGCAGAGAUGGAGGUCCAAAUAACCUGUAUCCUGGUGAUAUAAUUCCUUUUACAAGAAGGCCUAUUUUCUUGAUCGUAGAUAGUGACAACAGCCAUGCAUUCAAGGUUCUACAUGGAGCAGAAAGAGGAGAAACACCUGCUUUAUUCCUUUCUCCCCUGAGACCAUCAUUUAAGAACCCAGCUGACAGUGACACAAUGCAUUUUGGAAGCCAGUUCACCUUGUUUCUAACUGCUCCUUUUCAGGCUUUCUGCCAAUUAGUUGGGUUCACCUUAUCAGAUGAUGAUGUGGAUGUCCGUACUGAUGCUGACAACAUAAUCUCCACUGCAUUCUCUGAGUGGGAGGUAAUCCUUUGCACAUCAACAAGCCUACAUCUGGUCUGGGCUCAAGUUCUGUCUGAUCAUUUGCUUCGGCGUCUAAUUCUUAGAUUUAUUUUCUGCAGGGCUGUGCUGACAUUCUUUUGCUUACGGGAGAUGAGCGACCAGUAUUUGCCCGUUUGCUUACCUGAAUUUCCCACCUCUCUCUCUCCCUCCUCUGAGGUGGUGUUAUCAGCUGUCUUUCGAAUUGCAAAACACCUCAAGGUUGAAAGGUGUUUUAAUUUCCACGGUACAAGUUAAGGACCGAAAUUGUCAAAUCCAAGAAUGUACGAAAGGUAUACCUGCACUGUCUAUUAGCGUGGAGACUUGCCCUACUUCGGUGUCUUACAAUGGCUCUCGAAAGUUUGCAGUGUUGGCUUUUUUGUGAUGGGCUGAAGGGAGAUGGCACCAUUGGUCAGAUUUGGCCAAGAAAGAUUGUGGGGUUAAUUGUUUUUGCUUGUGCUAUGGAUAUGAUCUAUACGCCAUGUGCAAAAAUAUUCUGGAUUUCAUUGUUGAUGUCGCUGUUGGGUUCCGUUUGUUGAUGGGAGUUUUUUAAGUGUUCAUUGUUAAGCACAGUGGUACAGUAGCUAGCGGUAUUACCGCGGGGGGGGGGGUGUAGAGUUUUCAUACAGUGGCGAAUUUAUUCAAAUAUCUUGUAAAAUAGUAGCAGGCAGAGAGUUAAUAGGUUUUUUUUUGGGGGGGGAGGUGGGGUGUUUAAAUUCUUUCAUUUUCCCAUUCAAUACAUAUGAAGUUCACAUGGUAAGCAGUUGUACAUGAAAAUAGAGUAUUUCCAAAAGACCCUUUUGUCU